AUGUCUUCUAAUGAGAAUGAUGUUAAGGAUGCUCCCUCAAAGAGUGGGGAGCAGGAGAAACAGAACUUGGUGAACAGAGUGGCCAGCCUGCCCUUGGUCAGCGCUGCUUAUGACAUGGUUUCCACCACUUACAUGUCCAUCAGAGAGACCCACCCUGUCAUCAGGUCCAUCUGUGACGUGGCAGAGACUGGAGUGAGGACCAUCACCUCCACUACAGUCAGUGGGGCCCAGCCUGUCCUGGACCAGCAGGAGCCUCAGGUCUUGACAGCCAGUGACUAUACCUGCAAGAGCCUAGACAAACUGGAAGAGAAGCUGCCUGUCCUCCCACAGCCAGGUGACGAGGGGGCCUCUGAUGCCAAAGAGCUAGUAUCAUCAACACUGACAGGUGCCAAGGAUGUCGUCUGCAGCACGGACACUGGAGUGAAGGAUGCAGUGACCAGCAUGCUGGGUGUGGCCAAGGGGGCUGUCCAGGAGAGCGUGGAGGUGACCAAAUCAGCAGUGACCAGCAGCAUGAGCACAGUGUUGGGCUCCAGCAUGGGACAGAUGAUCAUAAGCAGUGUUGACUUGUUACCUGAGACAUCUCAGUUGCUGGCGGAUCACUACCUCCCAAUGACGGAUGAGGAACUUGCUAAACUUGCAGUAUCCCUGGAGGGGUCCGGAGAGGCUCCUGCACAGCAGCAGAGUUACUAUGUGCGUCUGGGUUCCCUUUCGAGCACGCUGCGCCAGCGAGCCUACCAGCAUGCCCUGGGCAAGAUGAGACAAGCCAGGCAGCACACCCUGGAGGCCCUCUCCCAGCUCCAGCAAACCAUCGACCUGAUGGAACAUGCCAAGCAGGCUGUGAGUCAGAAGGUUCAUGAUGGGCAGGAGAAGCUGCAGCAGAUGUGGCUGGAGUGGCACAAGGGCCAGCCAGGAUUCAGUGAGGACAAUGGCUCACCGCAGCCAGAGGAGAUGGUGUCCCAGGCUCUAGCCACUUCCCAUAACCUCAUCCUGCAGGUGCAGACUGCCUGCCAUAGCCUCCUGCCCAACAUCCAGGGUCUCCCUGCCUCUCUCCAAGAGAAGGUCCAGCAAGCCUACGAGAACAUGGGAGAGCUCCAGAUCUCCUUCUCCAAGGAGCUGUCUGAGGGUAUCCUGACCCAGACCCAGGAGCAGGUGACCAAAGCCCAGGAGUCCCUGGAUGAGCUGCUGGAAUAUGUGGUGCAGAAUACUCCCCUCAUGUGGAUUGUGGGACCCUUUGCUCCUGCUGGAGACUCUACUGAGAAAGCAGACGUACCAGCAGAGGCUGAGAAGGCAGAGGCCUGA